UUUUCACAACAGUCGAUGCAUCAGUAUUUCUCUGAAUCUGGAAUAAUAAAGUAAAAGUGUAAUAACUAACUAGGACAGUGACUCAGAGGAAACAAGCCAAUUGAACUUGUUGAUCGUGGCAACUGGAAGUUAAUACAGAUGGGAAUAUCAAAAUGGGAAAGGAUUAAUAUUACACAACAAGAAAAUCUGCAGACUUUGGAGCUACCAGUUGAAAUGUGCCCUACACUUUUCCUUUGCUGAGGUCUCAACAACCUGGAAACCAAAACCAUCUCUCACUUCAGACUGGUGUGAUCGUCCUCUCUCAACAUGGAUAGUCCUGGAUGGAAAGGCAGAUUACAGGUGGCAUAUGUUCUUAGUUUCAUCUUGAUCAUGCUGCCUUGUCCAGUUACACAAGGAGCUAAAAUAUUGGUUGUACCUCUUGAUGGAAGUCACUGGAUCAAUAUGGAGAUUCUAAUGGAAGAACUGAAUCUUCACGGACACAACAUCUCAGUGCUUUAUACCUCAUCAACUUGGUAUAUUAAAGUAAGACCAGAUCUAUAUCAAUCCAUCUUAAUUCAAGUACAACAUCCAAAUGGACACGCUGAAGUUAGCAAUCUGGUUGAACGUCUGGUGGAAAAAUUAUUGGGACUCUCACAGAAUGGUUGGACAACAUGGGGCAAAAUUAAGUCGCAUUAUGAAAUGAAUUUGCUUAUGUAUAAUUUCCAUAAAUUGUCUCUAAAUGUAGCUGGAGAAAUUUUUGAAAACAAAACUUUGUUAAAACAACUUGAGAAUGAAAAUUUUGACCUCAUACUUGCAGAUCCUGUUUUUGGUACUGGUCCAAUGCUUGCUUAUUAUUUAAAAGUCCCACUGGUGUAUAAUGUUCGAUGGCAGAUGAAUGGAGAAGCUCAUUUGCCUACUGCCCCAUCACCACCUUCCUAUGUCCCAAUCCCUGGCUCACACUUCACAGAUAAAAUGAAUUUUUUCCAAAGAACAGAAAAUCUCAUCCCAAAUCUUCAUCAGCUACUGUUUUCAGAAUUUUUUCUAUACCCUAUUUAUAAUGAAGUCUGUCAUCGAUAUCUGGGACCAGAUAUAGACAUCCAAACACUCCUCCUGAGGGCUGAUGUGUGGCUGAUGAGAGUCGAUUUUGUAUUUGAAUUCCCACGACCCACCAUGCCAAAUAUUGUGUACAUUGGAGGCUUUCAGUGUAAACCAGCCCGACCACUAGCAGCAGAGUUUGAAGAGUUUGUCCAAAGCUCAGGGAAGCACGGACUGAUUGUGAUGUCAUUGGGGUCCAUUGUCAGUUCCUUGCCAAUGCAGAUCACAAUGCAAAUAGCAGAGGCUUUUGCUCAAGUACCUCAGAAGGUUAUUUGGAGAUAUGAUGGAGAAAUCCCUCCCAAUAUAGGAAGUAACACUCUACUGGCGAAAUGGAUCCCUCAGAACGACCUGCUAGGCCACCCCAACACACGAGUCUUUAUUUCUCAUGGUGGCACCAAUGGCAUUUACGAAGCCAUCUACCACGGGGUGCCAGUGAUUGGCAUGCCUCUGCUUUUUGACCAGUUUGACAACUUAUUUCGACUUGAAUCCCGAGGUGCAGCAAAAGUGAUGAAUGUUGCAACCAUGCAUUCAACAGAUCUAUUGCAGGCACUUAACGAGCUGAUAAACAAUACAUUUUAUCGGGAUAAUAUGAAGAAGCUCUCUGCUCUCCACCGGGACCAACCAGAGUCACCCAUGGAGAGAGCCGUUUUCUGGAUUGAGUAUGUUGCCCGACACAAAGGAGCAGGGCAUUUGCGCUCAGAAAGCUACCGACUCCCCUGGUACGUUUACUAUUGCGUAGAUGUGAUGAUCUUUCUAUUGUCUGUGUUACUCUUGGUUACAGUGCUGGUGGUUGUAACAUUGAAGAAACUUUGUAAUAUUGUUCGGAAGAAAAAGCAAAAGAAUGAGUAAGGUUACCCCAUUUUGUGCUGCGAGUUAGUGUUUUAAGUUCUUUCAAGUUAAUUCAAGGAAGUUUUUCUUGUUCUUUACAUGAAUCCGACUUUCCAGAUAUUGUGACUUUGGCAAAGCCUCUUAAAAGCUAGUGAUAUGUCAGUGAAAUGAAAGCCUUCGUGCACAGGAAAUAUGCACAUGGAAAAAAAGUGUAAAUGCGUGAAUCAACUUAAACAGGAAUAAACAAGUUUAUCUAUGAUUAUUUAAAAUAAAGUAAAGUUUGUUCAUAUGGUCACAAACUUUGGAAUUUACUGUCAUAAAGACCCCUUUUCCUUCUGUUCUUUCAACCAUUGUUCAAUAGCCAAAUAUAGCACAGUCCCUUGCAAUUUGUCAGAAUGUUUGAUUCCUUUCCCACAUCCCCAUUGUUGUCGGUCAUGGUUUAACAGGCUGAAAGCAUCCAUUUUUGGUUGUUUGAACUAGUUUGCAAUUAUUUCCUCAGCCACUGCACAUCCCCCUGGAGAUGAUGACUUUGAGUAAUGGAGUUACAUUACCACACGAGUAAAUGAACUCUCUCCCAGCGACACUUUCUGAUCAGUGAACCUGGGGAAUAUUAUGCGGAUAUCAGAUUGUAGCUUGAUAGAAGGGUUUUAUUUACAGAGGGGAAGAUACCGUGUUGGUGCUGAACAGGAUUUGCAGCAUUUCCACAGUCUGGAAUAACAGAUGAUGUGCAAUCACUUCUUUUGUUGCAUCUGUUUGUAUGUUCUUUAGGUGCAUAAGCAUCAGGCUCCGUUGUACUGUUGUGACCUCCAUAUAAUGCCACCAGUGACGCAUAAAAAUGUAUUUUGUUAUUAAAAUAGUUUUAAGUAAUUCUGCUGAACUGUUAAUAAAGAAAUGUAUCUGAUUUUAA